UUUUUCUCCUUGUGCCAUCCACGAAACUUCCCUCUUCCUCGUCCUUCACAAAGUCUAUAAGAUUGAUCACGUUUCUUCGCAAAAUCCGUCUGAAAUUCCCUAAACCCAUUACGAGAAUCCGAAAACCCAUCUCGAUUUUCUCGGAAUCCAAACAACCCAGAAGAGAAAAAUGCCAAAGGACAGGAAAAUCGGAGUCGCGAUGGAUUUCUCGGACAGCAGCAAGAACGCACUUCGGUGGGCGAUCGAAAACUUAGCCGACAAAGGCGACACUCUCUUCAUCAUCCACACGAACCCAGACGAAUCUUCGAACAAACUCUUCUCCGAAUCCGGUUCCCCUCUCAUACCGUUGGCCGAGUUCAGGGAACCGGAGACGUUGAACAAGUAUGGUGUUCAAAUUGAUAUCAUUGUUCUUGAUAUGCUCGAUACUGCUUCUAGGCAAAAAGAGGUGAAUAUAGUGUCAAAAUUAUAUUGGGGAGACGCAAGAGAGAAGCUGCUUGAUGCCGUUGCUGAUUUGAAGUUGGACUCUCUUGUUAUGGGAAGCAGAGGACUUACCACCCUUCAAAGGAUAAUAAUGGGGAGUGUAAGCGACUUCAUAAUGACGCAUGCACCUUGCCCCGUUACCAUCGUUAAGGACAGCAGCAGCUCGAACUAAGCCGCUUCUCUCGUAAUGAUAAUAAGUCGUACACGCAAUCGCUGUCUUUUUUCUAAUCAAAGACGAUGCCGUUUUCUUUAGACAUAAUUAUCUUAGAUCCGACGUUUCUUUCUGUCUUUGUUGUGUUUUGUUUCUCGUUAUUUAUUGAAAAUAAUCCAAAAAACAUUUACCGAA